AUGCCACAAGUUGGGAAAGCCCCUCUUCUUCCUAGAGAGCUGAUUCUCAUGCCAACAGCUCAGCCUGGGAUGCCCUAUAGAGGUGUCCCUGACCCUGGCUCCUCACUCACUCUGGUUCUUCAACAGAGAGUUCCUGUCUCCAACUCUCUGGAGGAUGCUGCAUCUCUGGGGGAUGCUGUGGCUCCAGUUCUGGAGGUUGCUGCAGCUCUUGAUCUGGUUGGUGGCUGCUGCUCUUCUCCCACCAUCACAGGAGAUCCCACAGUCACAGACGCCCAAAGUCUGAUUGCUGUGACAGUGGCAGUAGGCGCAGCCAGCAGUCUAGAGGCUGCUGUGGGAGCUCUGGGGGCUGAUGUGGUGGUUCUGGGCGCUGCUGCUGGGUGUCCCUACCCCUGGCUCUUUACUCACUCUGGUUCUUCAGCAGAGAGUUCCUGUUUAUGUCUGUGUUCAGGGUUUACUGAACUUCCACAGAGAUGUCCUACCAGCAAAGUCAGCAACAAUGGCAGGCUACUAAGUGUCCACCCAAGUGUCCCCCCAAAUGCCCUCCCAAGUGCCCUCCCCAGGCUCCAUGCCCUCCUCCAGUCUCUUCCUGCUGUGGUUCUAGCUGUAGAGGAUGCUGUAGCUUGUGGGGAAUGCAGUGGAUCUAGCAGCUCUAGCUCAAGGGAUGGCUGCUGCCUUUUCUCCCACCAUCACAGGUGCAGGCACCAGAUGUCUGACUGCUGUGACAAUGUUAGUGGGUUCAUCCAGCAGUCUGAAUACUGUUGUAAUGGCUCUGGAAGCUGCUGUGGUGCCUCUGGGGGCUUCUACUGAUCUGAUGCCCCAACCUAAGAAGAGAAGAAGAAACCUUUCAUUGACUCUUCCCCUUUUUCUCCUCACUCCUUAGCUUCUUCCCUCUCCCCCUGGAUUUGAACUAUUAAGAUGUUCCUAGGGGAUGGAGAAAAUCAUGGCCUAUCACUAAAUUUUAUCCCAAUUCUCUUUCCCAAUUGAAGUUAUUCUUGUCUUCUUCAUUUAUACUAAGAAGCAAUAAAGUUUAGUUAUUUCUUCUACUCAUGAUUGUCUCCCAUUCUCUGCUCUUUCUCUUUGUAACUUAGUUCAAGGUUCCUCUCUUAUAAAAAAGACCCACACACUUUCCUAAUCAAUACAUUCAAGGAUAGCCCAAGCAGAGAUUAUUGAUAUUAGGGCGAGGAAACUGAGGUAAAGUUCUCUUCAUUCAGACUCAAGGGGACACAUCGAGUAUCUGUGUAGAGAUCAGUUAAUUAUGACAAUCAUCCUUCCUUGAAGGGCA